UAGGGAGGGAGAUUGAAUUGAAUUGAAUUGAAUUGAAUUGAAUUGAAUCGAAUCAGAGCAUCGCAUCGCAUGAAAUGGCGUCGGGAUGGGGGAUAACGGGGAACAAAGGGAGAUGCUAUGAUUUCUGGAUGGAUUUCAGUGAAUGUAUGUCUCACUGCAGAGAGCCCAAGGAUUGCUCUCUUCUUCGUGAGGAUUACCUUGAGUGCCUCCACCAUUCCAAAGAGUUUCAAAGAAGAAACAGGAUCUACAAGGAGGAGCAACGUAAACUAAGGGCAGCCUCUAGGAAUGGUGAACAAGUUGUGGAUGCUACUACUCAUUCACAUCACUAGUCAUCAAUCCUCCUCCUCCAACUUUGCUUCUUCAUCCCCAUUCCAGACAGACGAAGAUGAAUAAAUGCUAGAUUUUGCAUCUUGUUUGGAGCAGAAUCUCAAAAACACUGGCCGCUUUUUCACUUUACAAAUGUAGCGAAUCAUGUUCUGCUUUUUUUCCAUGUUCAUUGUCUCUCGACUUUGGAGUUACAAACAUACCUUGAGAGACGUGUAUCUCCAUACUCUUUUCACCUUAAAAAUUAUGGAUAUCUGCUCUACUUGUAUUAA